UUUGAGGAAAUUGUAAUAUUGAAGUAUUGAGAUAUAUAUUUGUUGACGAAACAUUUAUUUAGCUAUGCAAUCGCGAAGAAGAAUCUAACAUACAACAAAAGUAAACAUAAAAAUAAAAUUUCAAGCAAGAAAUAAUUUGCCUUAAAAAGUCACCGAAAAGAUUUGAAGCACGUCAAGAAAAUUGACAUAUCAAGAAAAACAGGAGAAACUAAUUUAAUCUUUUUGACGAAAUUAACCGCGACAUAAACUAAAAAAUAACUUCCAAGAGAAAAAAAGUGUGGAAUGUGUGUGUGAAAAAUCAACAGCCGAAUCGCGGGAAAAACUCUAUAUCGGCGCAUCGAGGACAUCCUCUGUAUCUUGUCCUCGAGGUGCUCUCCUUGGAGCAGAGAUCAUCGUGGCGUUCUCCCACCAUUUCUACCUCGACGAAGCGAGUUAUCGGAUGCCGACGCGGCGUGCGCUGCGCGCGAUGGCAGUGCGCUAAGCGAGCGGAUGCCGACGCGAGCGCGCCAGUACUGCCAGUAGCACAGUCGUAGUCGACAUGGCAGCGGAUUACGACGAGUGAGAUUGUCGACGGGUGGUUUGGCGGGCCGGAAGGAGAGAGAGAGUGGUGAUAGAGUGAAAAAAAAGUGCGGAAGGAACAUAGACGAUAAAGGGAGCGGAGAAUCUGUCGAGGAUAAAGCCGCGCUCGCGAGCGAAGAGAGCGGCGUCGAGUCGCUCGCAACGCGUCGAGCGUGCUCGAAAAUAGAACGCUGUUUCGAGCGAAAAGAGAGGAGGAGGGUGCUGAGGGAAGGAAAAAGGGUGCCGGAGAUAGAGAGAGUAAGAGAAGAGGUGAUUGACGGUUUAAGGCGAUUCGUAGAAUGUCGCGUGUGUCACUCAACAAGUCGCAGUACGGCUCACGUCGCGUCCGCAAGAUCAGCUCGACGGAGAGCGAAUAUUCUGUAGAAGAACAAUCGAGAUUAACGGGAGCCGAUGGACCGGGCGGCGAUGAAGCUUCGCCGGAAGAUGAGGGAGGUUCGCUCUGCGAAUACCACGAUAUACCACCCCCACCUGACGGCGGUUAUGGUUGGGUGGUGGUAUUUGCAUCGUUUAUGUGUAACAUGAUAGUAGACGGUAUCGCCUAUACGUUUGGCGUCUUUCUAGGAGAGUUUGUUAAAUACUUUGGAGAAGGAAAGGGGAAAACCGCUUGGGUUGGCUCAUUGCUAUCUGGAAUGUACCUUAGUGCUGGUCCUGUCGUCAGUGCUUUAACGAAUAAGUAUGGCUGUAGAGCAGUAUGUAUGGCAGGAAGUUUCUUAGGCGCCGCCGCAUUUGUACUUUCAACAUUUUCAAGCAGUGUAAAUAUGCUUAUGAUGACUUAUGGCAUUAUGGGAGGAAUCGGAUUUGGUUUGAUAUAUCUACCCGCAGUAGUUUGCGUAGGCUAUUACUUCGAAACCAAAAGAUCUUUAGCUACUGGUAUUGCCGUAUGCGGAUCGGGAUUCGGCACGUUCGCAUUUGCGCCUCUCGCGACCAUGCUGCUGGAGGCGUACAGCUGGAAGGGAGCAAAUCUAAUCCUGGCUGGUCUCAUCUUAAAUUGCGCAGUAUUUGGUGCCAUGAUGAGACCUUUGGAGUACCCGAAAGUUUCUUCCGUUAAACCAUUGUUACAAAGAAUGGCCGAAGAGAAGAGAUUUCAGAUGGAACGUGGAAGCAUCGGUGGUUCUUAUUUUAUGGUGCAAUUGCCAGACGGAUCUAUGGAAAAGAGAAUGAAAAUGCCCAUCAAUAUUGAUCCUGGUGUUCAUUCCAGCUUCAAUUUAGACCAAUUAGUGCCUGGAACUCCUUUAACACCAGUUCCAACGGUGCCAACCCUCCCGACUAUAUCCGAAGUGAAGGUACAAGAGCACUCUUCCAGUGGACAUACUAGCGAUAGCGGCAGCAUGGACUUAAAGAAUAUUUCGAAUAAAUCUAAAAGCAAGAAUAUUGACGAAACCAAAGACGCCAAGGACGCGGAGAAGCCCGAGAAUGAAUUUAAUAAGACGAUAAUCCCUAGAAACGCAUCGCAGCCGGCUUUCACGACCCACGUUCAAGGUUUGCCUAAAAACGGUUCUGUGCCAUUCUUCGAUAGAAUUCGUAAAACGAGUACCAGCGAGCGCUACAAGCCUAGCCUUAGUGCAAUAAAAAACUCUAGGACAACGCUUAAUUCUAAUGGAGAUAUCAGAAAGAGCUUGCAUCUGAGACUUUCCACAAGUAGUAUGCUGGGAUCGCGAAAUAAUAACGCUGAAGUUGAUGAUGGUGAGAGUAUUACUUUUACUACCAGUAAAACUAGUAUCCCAAAGGAAAAACCAAUGAUGGUCCGUCCCUUAUCAAGAAAGGAUAUUUUCUACAGUGGUAGCGUAGUCAAUUUACCAGAAUACCAAAGCCAGAAAUCUCUCGCCAAUUAUCGUCAGAGUGUUAUAUCUAUUCCCAAAUCUGUACGUGGUGACAUGAAAGACAUUGAUAUUGAAAAAGCACAACAACCCUUAUGUCCUUGCUUGGUAUUACCUGACUCAUUUAAAGAAGCUCUAGCAACAAUGAUGGAUAUGUCCUUAUUGAAGGAUCCUGUUUUCCUUCUAAUUGGUAUUAGCAACGUAUUUGGUAUGGCAGGAUUAUAUGUUCCUUUUGUAUAUCUGGUGGAUGCUGCAGUCUUAGAUGGAAUUGAAAGCAAUUCUGCAUCGUUCUUAUUAUCCAUCAUAGGAAUAACAAACACUAUAGGUCGUGUGGCUUGUGGAUAUGUGGCCGAUUUUCCGCAAGUCGAUUCUUUACUGUUAAACAAUGUUUGUUUAAUUAUAUCUACAAUCGCAGUAGCUGCAACACCAUUUUGCCAUAGUUAUGCUGCUUAUAUUAUUAUGAGCAUAUUUUUCGGAAUAGCAAUAUCUGGAUAUAUCUCAUUAACAUCGAUCAUUUUGGUGGAUCUCUUGGGAUUAGACAAAUUAACGAACGCUUUCGGCCUUUUAAUUCUGUUCAGAGGGGCUGCUGCUAUAGUCGGUUCACCCUUAGCAGGCGCUGUUUACGACGCAACGCAAAGCUAUAGCAUCCCGUUUUUCAUGGCAGGGUUUUUCUUCCUUGUAAGCACUAUUACUAGUUUCAUGGCCCCUGCUAUGAAACGGUGCACUACACCGCAGACUCAACCUGUGAUAUUAGAUACAUUGACUCCAAUUGACGAAGAUAUCGAGGAAGAGAAUGAGGAGGACUUACCGGAAAUAAUAGAAACUGCGCCGUCACCUUUAGAACCACCUGAAAAGGAAAUCAAGCAAAUAGAGUCUGUUUUAUAAAUAUUUCUGAUCAUUUUUAAAUUGAUAAAAAUCGCCUUCACUCCGAGCCACACUGUGAUAGGGCUGCUACUUUAAAGUCUCAAAAAUGUACUUCUUUGUUACACGUUUAAUCGAUAAAGCACAAAUUAGUGGCAUAUCUGAUGGAAUUUUUAUCAUAGUUACGUACUUAGAUUUGUAUUGUAUAUGUUUUCUUAUUUUUUUUCUUUGUUUUCUAUUGAAAACCGAUAAAUGUUAUAUUAAUGAAAUCCCAUCAGAUAUUAAUACUUAAUUGCCUACGUGUAAUAGUGAAAAAAAAUGAUAGAGCGUUUUAUUAACCUAAUCAGUAUCGAACCAGCAGUAUAUAUAUGUAUAUAGAGAAAAACAAAUAUUAAAAUGAAAAAAUGCUCUUAUACCGUGCAUAUCGAGUAAUCUUGAAUAAAUUAUUAAUCUGCAUCAUAGGAAUAUAAUAUUAAAUAAUUUGAAAAUUAUAUAAUAUAUACAAGGAUCGGUCAACGCAUUAUUGAUCGGACUUGCUCGUUUUAAACAUGAGGCAUAAUGAUGUAUACAUGAAUAAAAUCUAUGUAUUCUAUAUUUAUUAACUGUAGUAUAUAUGUUUUUAUUUUGCGAAAAUAACUCGUGUAUGAAACAACGACGAUGUAUUUUAGUCUAAUCAAUGUACGAUUGACCAUCCUUCAUCGAAAAGAUCCCACCUACGAUCUGUCGUGUUAGUUAAAUCUAUUUUUGGCCACAUCCAAAGAUACAAUUUGAAUUAUUGACAAUUCAAAGAGAUAUUUUCUUGCAUACUUGCGCAAAUUAUAUAUAUGUGUACGUGCGUACAUGUGUGCGUGUGUUUUGUAUGUAUUUUGUGUGUAUAUACAUAUGCAUACAUACAUUUAUAUAUAUAUAUAUAUAUAUAUAUAUAUAUAUAUAUAUAUAUAUAUAUAUAUAUGUGUGUGUGUGUACAAAAGAAAGAAUGUGAAUUAUUAAUUUACAUGCAACAAAUAUAUCAAUGUGUUGCACAGGAUAAAAUGUAAAUAAUUUAUAGAGAAUCAUAAAAUAAUAAUAACGAACUCUAGAAUUAUGUCAAAUGAAGUUAUAAGUUUUUCGCUCGCUGGGAAGUUUCGCAAUUAGUGUAUUCGUUAAGGGACAAUUAACGCAUUGUUAGGUAGACUAAAUAAUAUAUUGAUUAUCCGAAACACAGAGAGAAUUCUUAUUUGAUCAAUGUAUAAAAUACGUCUCGCCUGUUACAGCUAGUUUGUAUAAAUAGAUUUAAUCGUUUAGUGAAACUGACUGUGUCGUGUAAGAUAGCACUUACAAAGCACAUUAAGUAAUACAAACUUAAUAAGGACUGACGUGUUCCAAGCGAUAUGCCAAGUGAUUGUAAGCGUUUCUUGUGCGAAUUAUAUGUAACUAAUUUUUCUUCAACGACGGCGAAGAUCAUUAUUGGACCGAUAUGGUUUGCAUAUAUACGCCUACAAAUAUGCACACAAUAAACAUAUAUGUGUGCAUAACACAUUAUUAUGUAUGCGAUUCUAUAUGCACACAUAUAAAUCGAGGAGCUCAUUGUAAAUCUUGUUGAAUAGCAAGAAUAUACAUUACACGGUGUAUGUACAAUGUAUAUAUGAUUUCGGAAUGAUUAAAUAUGUUUAUCGAGACACGCGCGAUUGUGGGUAAAGGAAAAAGAAAAGUGGAAGAAUUUUGCUAUAUAAUGAGAACCAACAGUGCUAUUACACUACUCGCCACCGCUGCUGCUAAUCGCUAUUACCACACUUAUCACAUACACACACACACACACACGAUUAAAAUAUUACCGUAGUACAAUUAUACAAACGCACGUUACUUACGUUCCCGUUUCACAAUCGUGUUGUGAAGGGUAAGAAUGAAAGGGGAGAAGAAAUUAUAUGUUUUGUGAUUACAAUCAAACGCGACUGUAUUCUACAUACAGGCAUGCAUCCACAAAGAUAUGCACGCGCGCACGCGGGCAUCGCGACGAAAAAAUCCCCUCUCUACAGAGUUGCAUUAUACAAUUAGACUAUAUAAAUAAUAUCGAUGCACAAUGCGCGCGUGUAGCGUGACAAUGUUUGCACGCGUAUGUUCAAUAAUGUAUGUAUGUAUGUGCCGGACGAGGCGGAACCAACACCUUACGUGAGUUAGAUAUACAGUGGUAUGUGUGCGACGUGCGUGCACACUUACACGCAGAGAGAUAUUGUGGCGACGCGCGCAACGAGCAGAAUAUAUAUUAUUAUUGAAAAGAAAUGUCGAGAUAUAUUUAUUAUUAAAUAUUAUUAAGUAUAAUAAUAUUAAAUAUCAAUAUUCACGUACCUACACAUACAUCAUGUGAAAAUAUUCAAUUAUAUAUGUAAUUGAAUAUAAAAUGUAAAUCUAUUUCUAGAAAAAAAAAUAUUACUCCAAAAUUUUUAUUUGUUGAAGAUAUAAAUAUUCAAUGAAGCUUAAAAAACUGCUAUAUAAAAGUAUUCUAAUUAUUGCUAUGCCGAUGGUUCCCUUGAAAUAUCUUUCUUAUUCAAGAAUGUGUAUCUAUCAUUAAUCUCCAUAUUUAACUGGAUAUCCAGUUAUGUAUAGAAAUCAGUGAUAGUCACAUAUUUAUUAAUAAGAAAGAUAUUAGUUAUGCAGUUAUAUAUAGAGAUCAGUGGUGUCUAUAUAUAAAACAUUACAUAUAGUAGAAACAAGUUUUUGAUAUUUUUGGAGUAAGAUUUUUUUUUAAAGUACACGUGAUUAAGAGAAAUCGAAGUAAUGUAUGUAACGCGAGUUAUGAUUUAAGUGUAGUUGCGUUAACUAUUAAACAUUUCACAAACCAACUCUUCAACAUCACAUCUGGAAUCCAACAGAUUCUGCAAGCUUAAUCGUCUGCUAUUUUUCUUUGGAUUUUUUUAAUCUAAGAUUCGUUUUAAGGAAUGUAAAAAAAAAAAAAUAAUAAUAUCUAAAAGAGGGAGAAAGUUUUUUUAGUAGACAAAAUAUUUUUUAAUAAAAAAAUAUUUUCUUUUAAAAUACACGUGAUUAAGCGAUUAGUGAUGAAAAAUAAAAUAAAAUUUUUUCGGUAAAAAAUAUUUUGAAAGCUUUAUCAAGAGACGAAAUAAAUUUAUAAAUUUUAUGAUAGAAACGCUAUAAUGUAUUCUUUAUACAGAACUAAGUUUUUUUUCGAUAUAUAUUCUUUGAAGGUGAAGUCCUAAUGUGAUGUUCUAGAAUCCGGUGAGAGCGUAAUAUCGCCAGUAGGUAGAACGUUUAGCGCGAACAUAAUACCCUAAUGGCUACUAAAUACGUUAGUAUAGAUACAUAAUAAAACAUGAACACGUUGUGUUAACGCGCGUACACAAAAUCGCUAAUAUAUACAAUCGAGCGAAUUAUUUGUCACAAGAUCCGUCUGCUCAUGACACGCCGGUCCACGCUCUCGUAAUUUCGAUAUAGAUUGCCGCUUACUGCCACACUAUUCUCUCCGUGCACGAGCGUAAGAAAAAAGAAAGAACGCCCUCCGUGCGUAAGUUAAACAUAUGAUAUGGUACAAAGAAGGACAAAUGUAUUAGGUAACGUUUAUCGAAAAUUGAGAAGAGGAAUUAUGACUUUUUAUUAUUGAAAAA